AUGUACCACGAAGACGGCUGCCUCAGCCUCGACGGCCACAACGUCUGCGCGGGGCCUGGCUACCCCUGCCUAGGCCCGGAGAAGAGCUUCCAGGAGUGCACUUUCGAGGAACCUGCUGCUGCUGAGUGCAGCAGCCACAAACUGGACGUGGCAGUGAAGUGUUCAAACAACCCCCCGGGGGAGCCUUUGUUUGGGACUUUGCGAAUUGUGGAUGAAGACGGAUCUCCUUCUUUGGGGGGCACUGGGCGGCUGCAGGUGUACAAGGACGCUGCUGCGGGCUUUGAGGGAGUGAGUGCAGAACGGAGGCAUUUCUGGGAAGAGCUGCGAAGACGUGAACGGCCUGAACAUGUGCGGCCCUCACGAGGAGCCGAUUCACAUGGAGAUGAAAAAGCCCUCCGAAACUGCCCCCACGAGACCAAGUCCGACAUCUACUGCGCCCACAGCGAAGACAUCGUAGUGGCCUGCCGCGGAGACGGAGACCCCACGGGAGUCGGGGCUUUCAAAAAGGAAGAUCUUCCGGAAAUUUCAAAGAGAAAGUUUCGGCCUCUUCUGCAGCUUUCGUGUUCAGACAAAGCUGCAUCGAAGAAGGGCCUGGGGGGCCAGCCAGGCGCGCUCUUCCUGGGGUCUUGCCCGAGCGGCUGCAAGUGGGAACUCGAACUUAUUUUGCAAUUUGAAAAUUUUGAAAAUUCGGUUCGAAACAGCGAAGAACAGACGGAGAUACGGGGCACCUUCAUCUACACCGACGACUCCCCUAUUUGCAAAGCUGCCAUUCAUGCUGGAGUCAUUGGCAGGAAUGGCGGAAAGAUCGCCAUAGUUCUGGCUCACGGCCAGAACUCGUACUUCGGCUCUGCGCGAAACAGCAUCAGCAGCGCCGCUGCUGACGCCCACGCCAGGUCUUUUCUCGUGACGCAUCUCGUCACCGACGUGCAGGCCAGAUCGGACAAAGAGCCGAAACCGAAAGCUGCGGUGAAAUACGCAGGGGAUUCAUCUUUGAGAGGUUUUCGCGGCAAGGGCGGCGACUUCGUGGAUUUGAGAGAGCUGCCGGGCUCGGAGGGCGGGAAGGGCAAAUGGAGGACUCUCGUUUCGCACAGCGGCUGCGGUGGAUUGCUGCUUGCAAUAAACAAAGAAGGGGAGAUCUUGUUGGAAAACAACUGCGAUCCUCGAGUGAUCAGCACUGGAAUAAUUCCUGAAAUGGAUGAAAAGUUCCACUUGGCGGUUUCUUUCUUUUCCCCCGAAAAGCGCGUCGCCAUUUACUACAACGGAGAACAAAUUGUUUCGGAGAUGACAGAUUUCGAUUUCAACAUGAAGGCAAGUGCAGCGGCAGCAGCAGCAGCAGCAGCAGCAGCAGCAGCAGCAGCAGCAGCAGCAGCCCGGCUGGCUGCUGCUGCUGCUGCAACUGCUGCUGCAGCUGCGAAGUGGACUAUUGGUCCUUUUAAUUUCGAAAAUUCCGUUAUUAUUGGCCGCGCCGCGGCCGCGGACUCCGACUACUUCGUGGGGUCGAUCUCAGGCCUUUCGAUUUUCAACUACGUCUUAUCGGCGGACCAAAUCAUUUACUUAUCCACUCAAAAUGCAGCAGCAGCAGCAGCAGCAGCAGGAGCAGCAGGAGCGGCCUGGGACUUGACCGUGGGGGGCGAGAGACGCACGGAGGACGGCCGAGUCUGCCUCUCCCCCUGUUCCCCCGAAGAGCCCCUGGAGUUCUUCGGGGCCCCCGCGGGGGCCCCCGAGGGGGCCCCGGAGGGGGCCCCCAGGCGGGCCCCGCUGCAGGGCGCAGUGGAGCUUGCAUGCAGCGACAACGCGUGGCUGGAGGCGUUCAACGGGUUUGUGGGGUCUCGCUUUUUGAUCAGCUGCCCCCCCAACUGCGGGGGGGCCCCCGGGGCCCUCCGGGGCAGCAAAGUUUACUCCCCAGACUCUGCUGUCUGCAAAGCCGGCCUCCACGCGGGGGCCCUGGGGCCCCACGGGGGCGAGGCCCUUCUCGUGCUGCUGAGCGGGGGCAGCAGCUACGCAGCAGCUCCAGGACACCACGGCGACGGCGCCCUCGUGAUGCAGAUGAAGGUGGGACAGCUCGUGCUCAUCUCCUGCCCGCCAGGCUGUCUGGCGGCCUCCGAUGCUCGGGUGUACGGAACAGAAGACCUCUACAGCCCCUUAUCGUCGGUCUGCCGCGCUGCACUACACGCGGGCGCACUGCCCCCCGAUGGAGGCCACGCGGAGCUGCGGGCCGGGGGCCCCCAGGAGGCCUUUGGGGCCUCCGAGGCAAACGGAGUGGUGUCUCUGAAGGGGGAAAAUUAUCUCCGUUCAUUUUCUUUUAAAAUGAAAAAGAAAAGAAGACUUUGA